AUGUUUUCUUCCGGUGCUUACUCUCAUUAUCUCAACGAUGUUUUGGCAGAUAGACACCGCCAUGUGAUCUCUCGUGGUCCUUGUCCCUCUAAGCUUGGCCCUGCAUGCUGAUUCCUCCACUCAUCAUUCAUUCAAGUCAGCACAACAACGUUCCUAUCAUCUACUAAUCUAUAUAUACAUGCACACACUACCCAGCAUACCACCAACACAGAAUCUCAAACUGCGCUCUCAAAGCUUCCAUUUUUCAUACUAUCUCAUUCCCAUCCCUUGCAAGAAAAAAGAACACAACGUUUUCUUGAAUACAGUUCUAAGACUGAUGGCCAUUCGCUUUCCCAAGAUGGUUUCUGCUAAGAACGUGCUUCGCCGUAUUCUUUCAUCAACAGAAAAUGCAGAUGUUCCUAAAGGGCACUUCGCUGUUUAUGUAGGAGACAAGCAGAAGAGAUUCGUGGUACCAGUUUCUUACCUGAAUCACCCUUCCUUCCAAGAGUUGCUUGGUCAGGCUGAGGAGGAGUUUGGAUUCGAUCAUCCUACGGGUGGCCUCACAAUCCCUUGCAGAGAAGAAGUCUUUGUUGAUCUCACUUGCGGCAUGUAGGCUGAUUGUUUAGUGUAGAAUCGCUUCUCGAAGGACAUGAUUGCCUCUAUAGCAUCACUAACAGGGAUUAUUUUGACCUGAGAAAUGUGUAGAUUGAAAUUUGCUCAAAUAGAUGUGAAGUUUUGGUCUUCAAAGU